AUGCUUCGUCCCGCCGCCAUCACGGCUCUCUUGUACCAGCUGGUCCAUCCUGAGCCUUCCUCGUCGAGCGAGGGCCAUCUCGCCGCUUCGGCGGGUCGACCGCACACGGCGUGCUUAUCCCUGCUCGACACGUCCGAGCUCUACGCCUUCGCCAGCCGCCUGGGCGAGCCAGGCCCCUCGCAGCCCUCUUCCGUCUCAGCUGCGCCCGGCAGGCACCACUCCAGGUCCAGAUCGAUUCCACUCAGCUUGGACGAACGCGCCAUCUGCCUCUCUGCCAUCGCAGUCGCCGCCUGGCGAAAUGCGACGGCCGCCCAAACCGCCGCCGUCGCAAGUAGCGACGGCGACGGCGACAGCACCAGCAGCGUCGCAGGCACCUUCGUCGUGGGGCCGGGCAUGCGGGUCAAUGUGUCCAAGCACAGCCUGGACGCCCUCGGGGGAGGAAGCAGCAAGGGACAGGCUGCCGAUCUCGUCCCCCUCCUGCUCGAAUGCGAGCUCGGUCGCAUCCUGGUGAUGCCAAUAGUGCCUGCAUUGCCUCUGCCAGCGAAGUCGGACGGCUCCAGCACAGAGAGGGACGACGAUGCCACCGCCCAUUCGACGCACGUGCACGGGCAGGAGGCCCCACGGCCGUUCAUGCUGCUGUCCCUGAAUGCCUGCAGUGCAGGCCGCUCAAAUCUGCUGCUGGGGCCGAGGAACGACGGUACUAGGCUAUCCUCUACAGGCUCCGAGGCCACGCCCAGCGCCACGCCGAACCGCUCCCCCGCCGGCGGGAGCGUUUCGUCCGCUUUUGAUGCAGCCGAGCUGCUUCCUAACGGCAGUGCAGCCGCAGCGGGGCUUACCUUGGAGGUAGAAAGCGCUCGCGACGGCGACAACGAUGAUGAGAUCGUCUGGGGAGUGUUGUACGCCCAGGCCAAGGCUCUCGCCCGACAUCUGGCGCCCAGCCUGGCCUUGUGCGGCAUCGGCGCGGGUGGCACGCUGCAUGACGAUGACCACGGCGACGGUCGAAAGAGCUCGCAGGCGAUGAGCGAGGAUGAGCACGACGAGUAG